AUGUCACUCUGGCUUAUCGAUCUGAUUGCCCUCCUCCCCUCAAAAUGGCAGAACUGGAUCCUCCCACCAUCCACCAUCCCCGUUGUCCAUAACUCUCCGCAGAAAGUCCAACUCAGCCGCAUCGCACAUGUCUACUUCGAGCAUGCCAGCCUCGAAGCUUUCACCAAGUUCGCCCAAGACUUCGGCUUUGUCGAGGCCAUGCGGAAGGGAAACACCAUCUACUACCGUGGGUACGGAAGAGACCCGUACGUCUACGUAGCCUCCCAGAGCCCCACGCGCAGAUCCCAAUUCCUAGGUGCUGCCUUCGUCGCCAAGGACGAGGAGAAUUUUAACAAAGCGGCAGCGAUCCCCGGAGCGGUUCGCAAAACACUGGACGAUGCACCAGGGGGCGGCAAGCGGAUCACUUUUGCUCGACCAAACGGGACAUUUUUUCAUGUCGUGUACGGGCAGACGGAGCGAGAGGUUGAUGUUGAAGGAACAACGCCGCCAACAGCGACACACGACUCGCAGGGGCCCUUCAACACACCUUUUGAUAAACCACGCAAAGGGCAGUUCCAGCGGUACCACGAUGGUCCCGCCCUAGUGCACAAGCUCGGACACUACGGCUACGUGUGCAAGGAGUUCGAAACAGAGCUUGAGUUCUACACUUCCAACUUCAAUUUCGUGCACUCGGAUAUCCUGUAUCUGCCGCAGUUCCCGCAGAUGGAGGUCAUGAGCUUUAUGCACCUCGAUCUGGGCGAGGAGUAUACAGACCACCACACAUUCUUUCUGCAGCGGGCGUCACCAACUGUGGGGAGCACCUAUGUACAUCAUACCUCGUUUGAGGUGGCAGACUUCGAUACACAGCUGAUGGGGCACCAUUACCUGGCGAAGAAGGGUUGGAAGAGUGUUUGGGGGGUGGGAAGGCACAUUCUGGGAAGUCAGAUCUUCGACUAUUGGUAUGAUAGUUCGAAGUUCAAGAUCGAACAUUAUACUGAUGGGGAUGUGGUGAACUGUCACAACCCCACGCGCAGAGAGCCGGUUGGGCCGCUGUCUGUUUGGGGGCCUGAAUUGCCGGGUGACUUUGGGGAUAACAAGGCUUAA